AUGUCCGGACUCUCCAACCUGGUGAACCACCAGAGGGUCCACACAGGAGAGAAGCCCUACAACUGCCUGGAGUGUGGUAAAUCUUUUGCCCAGUGCUCGGCCCUUGUGAUCCACCACAGGGUCCACAUCGGGGAGAAACCCUACACGUGCUUAGAGUGCGGGAAAGGAUUCCCACAGCAGUCGGAGCUUGCAAAACACUGGAGGACCCACACGGGAGAGAAACCCUAUACCUGCCUGGAGUGUGGGAAAGGUUUUCUUCAACAGGCUCACCUCAGCGGACACCAGAGAAUCCACUCGGGCGAGAAACCCUACGGCUGCAGGGAGUGUGGGAAAUGUUUUGCCGACCAAUCAAACCUGGCAAACCACCAGAGGACCCACACAGGGGAGAAGCCCUACGAUUGCACUGGGUGCGGCAAGCGUUUUGGCCAAAAAUCCCACCAGAGAGUUCACACCAGAGAGUUCACACAGGAGAGAAGCCUUACAACUGUUCAGAGUGUGGGAAAUGUUUUGCCCAAAAAUCAAAUCUUUUGA